AUGCUGGAGAUCACAAUCGGAGAGGUGAGAAUUUCAUCGCAACGCGCUUUGAAGCAUCUGGGCGUGAUGGUCGACGACCGCCUAAGCUUUAACGCGCACGUCGACUAUGCCUGCGAAAAGGCGGCGAAGGCGGUUAACACAGUAGCGAGGAUUAUGCCAAACGUGGGCGGUUCAAGAAGUAGUAAGAGUUGCCUCUUGGCAAACGUUGCAACCUCAAUACUUAGGUAUGGAAUGCCAGCCUGGGCUACGGCGCUAAAAACGAAGAGAAACCGUGCAAAGCUGAACCGUGUGUUCCGACUCAUGGCUAUGAGAGUCGUGAGUGCCUACAGAACAAUUUGGCCGGAGGCUGUAUGCGUUAUCGCUUGGAUGAUGCCCGUCAACAUCAUCCUAGAGGAAGACGUCGAAUGCUACCGGCGGAGGAACACUAGGAAUGAGAAAGCAGCUGCUAGAACGGACUCGCUGGCGAAGUGGAAACAACAGUGGGACAAAGCGGUGAACGGAAGGUGGACCCACCGACUGAUCCCAAACGUGUCGGCGUGGGUUGACAGGAAGCAUGGAGAGUGGGCGCACGUCGCCUUUGAAUGCCCAAGGAUCGCGGAGAUACGCAGGGAUAUGCGCGGCGUGACAGUCGACAAUAUUGUCGAGGAGAUAUGUUGCGACGAAGACACGUGGAACGUUGUUGACAGAGCAGUGAACCGGGUAGGAAUGAUCCGUAACAACACAUAUUGGAGCGCAGAACAACAGGCAGCCGCGACCACCCUCCGCUAA